UUAUAAACAUUGCUAACUCUGUUUAUUGUGUUUAUUUGUCAUGUUCUAGUUAGCCUGUAUAUGUAGACAAAGUUGCCUCCAACAUAUAUCGUAAUUUAUAAUGAAAAGACCAUGGGCAGUUUUUUGGACCAAAAGUUUAUCCAAUCAGCGAAAAAUUAUUUGUCGAAGCAACUGUUUCCACCGAACCAUAAAUCUCGGUCAGAAAUGAACAAAUUGUCCAGUCUUGGAAUAAAAUAUCCAACUCUAAGGGACCAUCCCCUCCACAGUGCCCUAACCUGGUUGAACGGGAAAAGGGCUGACGAUGGAGCCGAGGGAUUUUGGAGGAUCCACGAUUGUUUGUAUGACUUUACUGAAUUCAUUAACAUGCAUCCUGGAGGGAAGGACUGGUUAAAAUUAACCAAGGGAACAGACAUCACAGAGGCCUUCGAAUCCCAUCACGUCUCCCCCGCCCCACAAAAAAUGCUGGCAAGGUUCUUCGUGGCCAAGGCAAGGCAACCUAGAAACUCACCAUUCACCUUCGAAGAAGACGGUUUCUACAGGACCCUCAAGAAGAACGUCUACGAGAAGUUGUCUACUUUACCGAAAAAUCCAGUACAUAGAUCUAAGUAUAUCACAGACUGUUUGUUUGCUUCUUACAUCGUAUCGGCCUUGUUGUCGGUGUACUUGAAAAGUCUUUUGGUAGGGACAGUGGCUGGGUUGAUGCUUAGUAUGGCCGCUAUAGCGGCUCAUAACUUUUUUCACCAAAAGGACAGCUUUAGGAUGUAUUAUUUUGACUUUACCAUGAUGCUGUCCAGGGACUGGCGGAUAAGUCACGCCCUGAGUCACCACCUGUAUACAAACACCGUGAACGACUUGGAGAUCUCCUUCGCGGAGCCAUUUCUACGAUACUUGCCCACGAAAAAAAAUUUCGUCGUACGAUAUUUGUCCUGGGUCUACUCGCCUGUCAUUUUUGCCCUGCUCUUCCCAGCCAGUUUUACGAAAACUUUGUUACAAAUGGUGUUUGUAGGACAGGAAUUCACAUGGCCAAUAAUUUUACCUUUAACUGUGCCCGUCCUAAUGUUGCUGGUAACAGGAGAGUCGGCAGCAUUUUGUGGCACCAUGUUUUUCUGGAUCAUCACAGUCGGUGGUCUACAUUUCGGAUUAGUAGGAAUAAAUGCGGGUCAUCACCAUCCUGAUAGGUUCCACGACGGCGACAAAGCAAGGCCUAAAGAGGAACAAGACUGGGGUAUAUUCCAGUUAGACGCAGUUAUGGACAGGAAAGAUAUAACUGGUUCCCAUUUUCUCGUGCUUACCAAUUUUGGAGACCACGCCCUGCAUCAUUUGUUUCCCACGGUGGACCACGGCCUACUCGACUAUUUAUAUCCGGUGUUUUUGGAGACUUGUAAACAGUUCGGGACCGAGUGGAUUCUAUCCACGCAACUGGAGACGACGAAAGGGCAAUACAGACAGCUGGCCAAGGUCGAACCGAAAAGGUCUCCUCCCAAACCAGUUGGUAAAGGGAACAAACUGGAAUGAAAAACACGGGUUUUUCUAUGAAUUCACUAGUAGUUGGAUGGGAAAUUGUUUGAUGUUACUAUAUUUUAUUGAAAGAAAUGGAGGAGUUGAUUUUAUUUACAAUUAAAGUUUAAUUUUUCUAGUUUACUGGUUCUUAUUCUAAUUCUGCCCUUUUGUUGUUGUGAUUUUGUUUAAGGAAGCACUAAGUUCAUAUCUGUAUGUCUAUUUUAGAAAACAUUUUGGUGCUUAAUCAUUUUCGUGUAAUCUUAAAUAAAGUUCAAACAGUGCAUA